CCGCAACCAAAAGGCCACAUCUCAGCAGGCUCAAUCCCAGGCUGCUGUUGUGCUGCGGGUGUCGCAAUGUAUAUCCUCGAGCAACUGGCGCGUCUUCUCGACCGUCCAUUCAUCCCCUGGAAGAAUGUCCUCGUCGGUUUCUCUUUAGGCCAGUUUCUUUUGGAAGGCUUUCUGUCUCUUCGUCAGUACAAAGUGCUGCAACGGACCAAGCCCCCGCAAGUAUUGGCGGGCGAGGUCUCUCAGAAGGUCUUCGAUCAGAGUCAGUCCUACGGUCGCGCGAAAGCCAAAUUCGGUCUUGUUGCAGCUCUUUACGGUCAAAUCCAAAAUCUCGCUUUCAUCUAUGGCGACAUUCUCCCCAAGCUUUGGGGAGUCAGCGGUCUCUUGUUGGCACAGUACUUCCCUUCUCGGUUCCAGGGUGAAAUCUCGCAGACGCUCCUAUUUGUCUUCGGAUUCAACCUGAUCAGCACGGUUCUGUCUCUUCCUAUUUCGUACUACAAUACUUUUGUCCUCGAGGAGAAGUUUGGUUUCAACAAGCAGACGUUCAGUCUCUGGGUUACGGACUUGCUCAAGGGACAGAUGCUUGGUAUCGUACUCGGAACACCCAUCAUCAGCGCAGUGCUCAAGAUCAUUCAGAAGACCGGCAACUCCUUCUUCUACUACCUGUGGCUCUUUGGCGUCUUCCUCCAGAUCUUCGCUAUCACCAUCUAUCCUAUUGUUAUCCUGCCCUUGUUCAACAACUUGUCACCACUUGAACCGGGUGCCAUCAAGACCGGUGUCGAAAACCUCGCUAAAAAGCUCAAGUUUCCUCUUCAGGAGCUGCAUGUCAUUGACGGCAGCAAGCGGAGCGCACACAGCAACGCCUACUUCUAUGGUCUCCCUUGGAAAAAGCACAUCGUUAUCUACGACACUUUGAUUGAGAAGAGCGAGCCUGAGGAGGUUGUUGCAGUCCUGAGCCAUGAACUGGGUCAUUGGAGUCUCAGCCACACCACGAAGCUAUUCGGUAUUGCUCAGUUCCAUAUGUUCUACAUUUUUGCGCUCUUCUCUGCAUUCGUGAACAACAAGUCUCUGUAUCAGUCGUUCGGCUUCUAUAGCCAACAGCCCAUCAUGAUCGGAUUCCUCUUGUUCUCGGAUGCCCUCGCGCCGAUGGAUGCUGUUGUCAAGCUUCUGAUGAACAUCCUCAGUCGCAAGUUUGAAUUCGAAGCUGAUGCCUUUGCUGUCGGUCUCGGUUAUUCUGAGCAGCUGGCGCAAUCCCUUCUCAAGCUGCAGAUCCAGAACUUGAGCACCAUGGACGCUGACUGGAUGUAUGCAAGCUACCACUACUCUCACCCUAUCCUUUCCGAGAGACUCAAGGCGCUCGGUUGGAAGGGUGGAAAGGUCACCGGCCUCAAGGAGGAAGAUAGUGAGACGCCAGUUAAGGCGGCUGACCGUGAGCUGUGAAAAGUUGACGUUCAAGGUCUUCUUUUUCUUUUCUGGCAUGGUGUUUUAGGGCCGGUUGUGGAGAGACCCGCCGAUUAUGGGCUUCUGAAGGCAUAUUCAAUUGUGAAUUGAUUUUUGGGUUCUUAUCACGGAUUAAAAUAAACCAAUCAUAAUCGUCUUCCAA